UUAAAAUCUGUUUUCGAAUAUUGACGUCAAUUUUUUUGGGCGCGGACGAGUUCUAAGAUGGAGUCAAACAGACCACCUCCACUCAGCGCCAGGGGUGUGGUCAAAUCGUACGUUCCUAUGACUGAAGUUUAUGCGUUUGCUGCGGUGUAUUUGCAGUGAAUACGAUUCCUUUAUAAAGCAUGACAAGAUUUUGCACAUAUAAUUACGAGUCGGGAUACUUCAUUUGUACUUGCUUGUACAAUAUUAAUAAUGCAUGAUUAAUGAUGAAUUUAAUGGAUAACAAGUGUACGAGGCAGAGCACAAAUUUCAUAGGAAUCGGCAUUAUUCCAGAGAUGAAGAGAAAGCAGUAUUGCCCCAGCAGCAGUCUGCGGGAUAAAUUCAUCUCCACGAGUUCGCUCACGUGUCUCAUUAUUUAUCAACAUCAUCAUCUGUAAAUUUGUGGUUUAGGAAGUAAGUUUUAGAAUACUUUGUAUCUUGUGGAGUAUGUCAUAUCUCGAACUGUUAUAAACACAUUUCUAUUACUACUCCAAGGAUGGGAAAAAAGAAAAAUAUCAUUCCAAGUAAGAAAUUAGUUCAAGACAAAAUCCAAAACUACGACAAAAUCAACAAAAUUAGAUAAUGCAAAGCCUCAUCGUCGACCUAAGCACAAAUGGAGCGAGACUCGUCAAAUCAAGACCAUCAAAAAGACACAGAAUGAAGUAAGGGAUGAUAAUGAUGAUGAUUCUCCUGUUACCUUAACUAUGAAAGUCAAGAAACUGAAGACUCAAAAUAGUAAAAUAUCUGGGUUAUCGCCACAUCAACCAGCGGAAGUCAAGAAGGAAACAUUAAGGGAAAAAAUGAUGAAACGGUUGGAAGCUGCUAGAUUUCGCCAAGUCAACGAGGAAUUGGACUCUGGCUGCAAAAACGCUGACCCAACGGUAGCAUUUCAGGGUGACCCGGAACAGUUCAAAAAAUAUCACGAAGCUUACCGUAAAAGAGUCGAACAUUGGCCCAAAAAUCCACUUCACGUAAUAAUAAAAUGGGCAAAAAAGAAAUUGAAGGGUGAUAAGAUUAUAGCUGAUUUUGGAUGUGGCGAAGCCGAGCUUGCUGCAUCUCUUCCUAAUAAAGUGCAUUCGUUUGACCUGUUUGCCUUGAAUGACCGUGUGACGCCUUGCGACAUGAGUCAAGUUCCUCUGCAGGAUGAGAGUGUCCAUGCUGCCGUGUUCUGCCUCAGUUUGAUGGGAACAGACGUGUCCAAGUUCAUUGGGGAAGCUAAUCGUGUUCUUCAAAUGAACGGCGUUUUAAAGAUUGCUGAAGUUGCGAGCAGAUUCUCUGGGAACACGUAUAAUAAUUUCCUCAAGCGUAUGAAAAAAUUUGGAUUCGUUGCAAUUCAAAAAGGCCAAGGACAACAGCAAGACAAGAAGAUUUCGCAAAGCCAAGAUGACGUAUUUCUCAUGUUCGAGUUUAAGAAGAUUAAAUCAGUUAAAGGUGUUCUAGGACGGUUGCCAGCGCUUAAGUUAAACCCCUCAAUGUAUAAGAAACGUUAGUUUAAACGUUUAAAAUAAAUAAUUCUUUAUAAUCAUUUAUG